CGGAGAUGUAUAAAUAAUGGUACAAGCUAGUAAUGCAGAGAGAGAGAGAUGGCAGCAGAUGAAGCAUGUCCAAUGAAAGGUGGAGAUGGCCCCAACAGUUAUGCCAAGAACUCCAUAUACCAGAAAGGAGCGGUGGAUGCUGCAAAAGAACUUUUGAGCAAGGCAAUUGCAGAAAAGCUUGACCUAGAAAUCCUGUUAGCCUCCAACAGUACUUUUCAGAUUGCGGAUUUGGGUUGCUCUAUUGGACCAAAUACAUUUUGGGCAAUUGAAAACAUUCUUGAAGCCGUGGAAUUGAAGUAUCAAAUUCAAGGGAUGAAAAAGUCUCCUAUAACCCUUGAAUUUCAAGUUUUCUUUAAUGAUCAUACCCCAAAUGACUUCAACAUGCUCUUCAAAUCACUCCCUCUGAACAGGCAAUAUUAUGCUGCGGGUGUGCCAGGUUCGUUCUAUGGUCGCCUAUUUCCUAAAGCUUCACUUCACUUUGUUCACUCUUCUACUGCCAUUCAUUGGCUUUCUAGAGUGCCAAAAGAUCUAGCGGACAGAAACUCUCGUUCUUGGAAUAAAGGAAAAAUCCAAUUCUCUCAUUCCUCGGAUGAAGUAAUAAGGGCUUUUGAAGCUCAGUUUUCUGAGGACAUGGAGUGCUUCCUGAAUGCCAGGGCACAAGAAAUUGUGUAUGGAGGACUCGUGGCACUUAUUGUUUCAGGCCGGCCCGAUGGUACCCCUCAUUCAGAUUCUUCACUGAAUGUGAUCUAUCACCUUUUAGGAUCUUGCCUCAUGGAAAUGGCAAGGAAGGGAGUAGUUAGUGAAGAGAAAGUGGAUGCAUUUAACAUAACUAUGUUUUACAUGUCUCCUCAAGAACUGAAAGCUGCUGUAGAACUAAAUGGACGUUUUACCAUAGAGUGUAUGGAAAACUUACCUCGUCUCUCCACAAUUGACAAUGUCACUGAAAGUCCCCAACUGAUUGCAUCUCACGUUAGAGCUGUCACAGAGGUUCUCUUCCAGCAGCAAUUCGGAGAUGAAAUCUUAGAUGAGCUCUUUGAUUUGUACCGUACAAAACUUGAAGAGAAGCCUUCUAUCUUUGACCCAACAAAGGCGAUUAACUUUCUCGUUGUGCUUAAACGCCAAGCAAAUUGAUUUGGAAUCUGUUAGUUAAUUUCAUUGUCUUUAACUUUAUUGCGAGUACUCGAUCUAUUGUUAUAUUUUGAUUUAUCAAAGUGUGAUUUAGAUCCAAUGAGAAUAGUUGUGCUCAGAACAUGAAAUUCAUUGAGUAGAUGAACAAGACUCG